GAAAAAGGUUUAAUUUUCAAGAAAAAUUAAUUCGUAUAAAAUAUUUGAAUUCAUAAAAUUUAAAUUGAAAAUAAUUUAAAUAAAAAAUAAAAAUUUUAAAAAGUGAAUAAUAAAAACAAAAAUAAUAAGUAAAAUUUUCUAAAUUUUUAUAAAAAAGAAAAAAAAAACAUUUUAUUCUUAAAACUGUUUAAAAAAUCGUACAUUGUGUUUUGAUAGUAAAAAUGGCUGUAGUAAAUAACGAAUUUAUAUUGGAUGAAGAAGAUGUUGAAAUUGAUCAACUACUUACUUUUUCAUCAGAAGAAGGAUCACCACAAGUUUCUGAAUUGCAGACACCACCAAUUUUUUAUAUAUCUAAACAACCUAAAGACUCAACGUUUUUUCACUCAUUAACAAGUUUCCAAAAUAAUGCGAACAUUGAUGAAGUAACAGCAACUGUAGAAUAUUUUGCAAAUGGUUACAAUGAUAAAAAAUUGUUAUUUACAUGUACCCCGUAUGUUCAAAUGAAAAAUUCCUCAAUUAAAGAAAUUCACCCGUGUCGAUUAGUUAAUCUAAAAGAUAAAAAAACAUCUAAAUUGACUUCAAAUUUAAUGGACCCAAUAAAAUUUGUUUCAGAACUUGGAAAUAAAUCUUCAUUCAAUGUUAAAUUUGCGAUUGUGAAACCUGGAAAUCGGUCUAAAGCUUUUAAAAGAGAAAUAAAGUUGUCAAAACCUGAAAAAAAUUACGACUUAAAUAAAGUAUUUUUGAAGUUCGAAGUUAGGGAAUAUAAAAAUGGUGUCGUAGGUGACAUUAUAUGUGAAAUAUUCUCUAAUCCAAUUUCCAAUGAUGCUGGAAAAAGUAUAACUCCAAAAAUUUCAAGUCCAUGCUCGUCUUUUUCAUUUGAUCCGUCAUCACCGUCUGCUUUGUCAUCACUUGAAUAUCAAAUGUCCUCAUCACCAUCAUCAUCAUCGUCAUCUUCACCAGUACAUGAUCAAUCUGAUUUAUUAUUGACAAAUUUGCCUUCCACAAAUGAUUCCGCUUGCAUAUUGGUAAUAACGAGACAACCAGAAGAAACUACAUAUUUUAGAAAUGAAUCUGAAAUAGAUACAGAUAAGCAUGGUCAUAUUAAAGCUAGAGAUGAUAAAAAAGAAUAUCCAACUGUAAAACUUACGGGGUUUUAUUCACAAGAUGAUGUUCUUAUAACUUGUACACCACAAGUAAAAAAUAAGUUAAAUAAUACGUUAAGCAUUCACCCCUAUCGAUUAGUCAGACAAGAUAGAAAACUUUUAUCUGAUGAUGGAGUUAUGGAUCCAUAUGUCUGUAUAGCUGAAUUCAGCAAAAAUUAUACAGUUGAAAUUAAAGCUACAUUUUUGAUACCCGGAAAAGAUUCUCAUUAUUUAAGAAACGGCGUAAACAUUACUAAAAGAAUGAGAAAUAUUUAUGAAUUAAAUGAAGUAAUAUUAUGCUUCGAAGCAUUUGAAUUGAAAGAUGAUCCUAAUGGUAAAGGCAAAUUAAAAGGAGAACGAAUUGCAAAAGUAUAUUCUGAUGUAAUUGGAAAUCAAAGAAAUUCUGAUACCAAUAAAUUGGAAAUAAAAGAUUUUCCAAGAAAUGAAGGAAAUAUAAAAGGUGGAACUGUAGCUUGGAUAAAAUGUUCACCAGUAAAACCAGAUGCCAUUAAAGUUCGUUUUUCGCUUGGAGAAAAAAAAAGCUAUGCUCAUAUUGAAGCAGCUGACAAACAUUUAAUUAUUAUUCGUACACCACCUUUUUGGGACAAAGAUGUUGCACUCCCAGUUACAGUGAACGUACAACUGGAACGGGGUAACGUUCUAAGUGAUGCAGUUGAAUUUAAAUAUGUAACAAAAGCAAGGAAAUCUUUAAAAAGAAGUGCAAAAGAAUCAGAUAGUGGUAAUCUAUCUGAUAGUGAUGAAAAUGAGGGUCGGCAAAAUAUGAAAGUAAGAAAAAUUUCAAGUAAAAGAAAUACAAAACUUUCCAAAAAAGUUGAAAAAACUUCAGUCGAGUAUAGAUCUGAUUCUAGUAAUGAAAACGGUGUUCAAUGCAAAACAGUAGAUAGUCAAAAUGUUGUUACACAUUUUGAAAUGCUUGAAACCAAUGUUUCCAACACAGAUUAUCAGCACGUCAGCAAUCAAGAAAAUGUACACGCUUCAAAUGUUUUACACGAAUCUUCUGUUCAAUGUGAAACAGUAUAUAUUCAAAAUGGUGCUACUGAUUUUCAAAGGCUUGAAACCAAUGUUUCCAACACGGAGUAUCAACAUGUCAAUAAUCAGGAAAGCGAGCACAUUUCAGAAAUUACAUGCAAUAUUAGUCAACCAAUGUUGAAAUCCCCGUCAAAUGAAUUUAGUGAUAUAUUAGACAAGAUGAUGGUUGAUUCAAACUUUGAAUUAAAUGCUGAGCCACUAAGUAAUUGGAAUGAAAAUGGAUUUGAAUCCUGGAAUUGGUGGCAGGCAAAUGGCGAUGAAGAUAUUGAUACCUAUAUAAAUUCAUUUGGUUCAUUAGAAUUUUACUCACAAAGAAAUAGCUAUCUUUCGAUUAUAAAAAUUUUUUUUUUCAAUAUAAUUGAAUUUGCCAUAGAGAUUUUGGAAUCACAAUUUCAAAAAUUCAAGUCUCGUAUUUUUACCUAUUUGGGGUACAGUGACACAUCUGUUGAAGAUAUCAAAUUUUAUAAUGAUGAGGCGCCAGAAGUUAAUAUCAACGAUAUCAUAGAGGAUAAUAUCAAUAAAACUAUUGAAGCAGUAAACAACGAAAAUACUCAAAAAGGAACUUCAUAUUUUAAAUAUUUUUUUGAGAAAAUCAUGAAGUUAGAUAACAAUAAGUGGUUUUAAAAGCAAUUUCUUUUAAAUUACAAGUAUACAUAUGUAUAUUAUGUUCCAUAUAGUUGAAAUAAUGAUUACGGCUUAUAUUUUUUAUUAAAUUGAAUAUUUUUCAAACAUUGUAAAUAAUUUAUACUAGCUCAACGUCAUUUAAAUUCUUGCGGCUUAUAAGUUGCAUUAAAACAUAAUCUGAAAUGUUCAUUACCGAAGCCACAUUUUCAAAAAACUGAAAAUAUUAAUAAUUUGUUUUAAAAAAUGCAGUUAAUUUUUAGCGUAAUUACGAGAAAAUUUUUUUUCAAUUUAUUUACAGUAACAGAAAAAUAAUAAUAUUAAUUCUAAUUAUUUAAAUUCGAUCAGUGAAACGGAGUAAUAGAAAGAAAAAGAAAACACACCAUCCUGAAUUUUAUAAAACAAAACCUGAAACUUGGAACUGGCGCCUCGCACCAAUAGAGGUGUAUGGGACUGUUGCUCCAGCCAAGGAGAACAUCAACUAUGUUUUGAUGACGGAAUAGCGAAUGCAUAAAAAUAUUGAAAUAUUAAAAAUUAAUAUUUACUUUCACUAAACAAAUUUAUCCAGAUAGGAUUUUUAUACUUAUACAACAAGAUGACGCCAGUAUGACAAUAUGGCAAAGAAGACAAACAAAUGGUUGAAAUUAAAUAAUGUUAGGGCAUACGAAUAAUCAACAUUCACCCCAAAUCUUAACAUUAUCGAAAAUUUAUGAGAAAAAUAAAGAAAACAAUAUUAGAUGCUAGUCUUCAAGUAAAACCUGUUUUGAAGAAAUGUGGCGUAAAAUUAAGCUGGCAGAAAAUUUGCAUGAAAUAACUUUGGAGUACGCCUAAGAUAAUUACAAUUCAAUGUAAACACGAAAACAAAGCAUCAUUAAGGUGAAAGGAAGUAUAACAUUAAACUAGAAUUAUUUUUGCUUUUCUGUUACUGUAAAUAAGUUUGAAAAAGAUUUCGUUGUAAUUACAUACGCUGAAAAUUAACUGCAUUUUUUGAAACAAAUUAUUAACAUUUUUUGUUUUUUGAUAAUGUGACCAUGCUAAGGAAUGUUUCAGUUCAUGUUUUUAUUUUAAUUUAUAAGUCAGACGGAAUUUGGAGUAUGAUGCUAGUUUGUAAGCAUACUUUUGGAAAUGACUGGCCGUAUAGUUGUUUCAUGUUAAUUAAUAAGCUAAUCGUAGUAAUCAAAUUGGUUUAAAGUAAUUGGAAAAUAUUGAAUGUAUGACAUUUGAAAUUCGUAUCAUUAUCGAACUCAGUUGUAUGGUAAAUUAAGGAUAUGAUAAUAUUUUAGGAUAAAUGUAUAUUAAUAACUUAUUCAAAGUAGUACCUGCGUUUAGUAUAACAAUUUCAUAUAAGCAAAAUGUAAGUCCGAAUGUAACAUGUAUCAACAGAAACUAUUUUUAUAUUUUCUGUUAUUUAAUUUUUAACUCUAAAGAAUACUUGUAAAUUUUAUAAGCAAAUAACUAGAUAAAAUGAUAGCUUGAGAUGAAAUUUUUUUUAGAUUUUGAGACUUACUAUUUAAUGGAACUGACAUAUUUAUUUUCAUUGACACAAUUAAUAAAGUUACAUUAUUAACGCUAGUAUUUGCUUGACUACUUCCAGUUUAAGAACUUUUAAUUUAAUGUUUACUUUUGCGUUCAUUUCAAUUUAUUAUAAUAUGUUGCAUGUAACACAAUUUAACAACAUCAAAUAUUAAAUUUUUUUAACUUUUAGUCAAUAUAAUUUUAUCUGUGAUAUUUGGUUUAUAGCUCUUAUCGUUUUAUAAACGUAACAUAAACAGAAAAAUUUUUAAUGUAGUGAAAUUUCUGCAUUAUAUAUAGAAAACAAUGUGCAAUGUACAAAACCAGUUAGUAUAAAAAUUCCCCAAAAAUCUUAUUUUUUUUUGUUACUCAUUAUAUGUUGAUAGUAGUACAAAAAAUCUUUUACUAGAUAUAGGAACUCGAAUUACAUACUAUGUAUGUGUAGUACAUUGGUAAAAGUAAAUAAGUAUACAUAUAAUAUUUUAUAUAAUAUUAUAUAAAAAUUGAGUAAUUAUAAAAUCGAUGUUGGUACUACUUUAUUUGCGUUCUAAUUAAGUUGUAAAACAUUCUCUACAAUAUACGAACUCCUAUAAUAAAAGAUGUUACGAAUAGUAUAUUUUAUAUUGGUAUAUAGAGUUUCACUGUUUUAUAUCUAAAUUAAACGUGAAAUAUUUAAAAUUUAAAUUUAUAAGUUAGUUUUUAUUCUUGUUAAACAGUAUUUUCGUACAAAUUAAUGUUAAAUUUAGAAAUUAUUCUCAACUGCUAGAGCGUAGCUUAAACUCUUAUAAUAUUUUCUUAAAUUGAAUGUGAGCAGUAUUAGUUUGAGAUAAUGAUUACGUUCUGUUGAAUAAUGUAUAACACUUUACAUUGUGAACUAUUCUAAAACAUUUUAGUAUGAAACGAAUAAAAUAUUUUGCCUACUUUUAGGAGAGCACUAAAAUGUUUAUUUGAACGUAAAAUAAUUCAUUUUCAUACAAAUUAUAGAUUUUCAUAUUUAUACCAUUCUAUGUAUAGUAGUAAAGUAGGAUUUGAAUGUAUGAAUAAUUAAAUAUAAUGAACUAUAUAAUGCUAAAUUCAAGUAAUAGUUGCAAAAACAAAAAAUUAUAUCGUAAUUUUACCGUAUGUUUUAUAUACACAAGUUUAUAUUAUCUCAAGUUUGUUUUAAUAAUUAAAUACAAAGUUUAUUAUUUAGUCAAAUUAUUUACGCUUACCAAUACUUUAAGUUCUUACUCAAAAGAAAUUCAUUUUACUAAGUGUCGUAGUAGAUGUUUCAUAAUUUUAUUUUGUUACUGCUCAGAUGCAAUAAAUUUAGUAUAUUUCAUACUAUGUUUCAUUACGUGCAUAUUAAUGGAAUCAAAUGUUACCGUCCUUUUUUCAUUAUAAAUGCUCUAUAAAAUUCGUUAAGCCUUGGCAGUUUAUAAAUCUUUGAUAGAGAGAAUAAUAUUUGUAAAAAUAUCAACAACUUUAAAACGUGUUCAAUUAUACUUAUAAAAUAUUUUUUACAAUUGAUGUCAAGUAUUUUGUAUUGAUUUAAUUUUAGUAUAUUCCCGAAAAAACGGGAAAAGUGUUCUUAAUUUUAUAUGUAAAUUUAGAAUAAGGAGUAAUAAAUAGUAUUUCGAUAAUGUAUAUAGAGAAUGUAAGAUGUUUUAAAAAAAGUUUUAAUUCAGAUACCACUAACUUGAUUAAAAUUUUGUGAUAUUAUAUAAUUGUUAAAAUAAAAUGAAUGUUUAAUUUAUUAAGUUUUGUUAUUCAAAAUAUACAGAAUUAUAUUUAUUCCUGUA